GACCUGGUGUUUUGUUUAUCCACAUGGCCACGUCUUGGAUGAAUAUAUGUGCAGAGCCCAGUACAGUUAGAUUUGAAAGAAGUUAUCUUAUGCAAUUGAGGAUACAAGGAUUUUAGCAAAAUUCCGUAAACCUAUGCAUGAAGAGCAAGCGAGGUAUAAUUUAAGUAUGGCAGAAGUGCGUGCCUGACCUUGUGAAAUGGUCAAAUUUAUUGAUGCACUGACCAUUGAUAGAGAUCCAUCAAGACUUCCUUGUUUUGGUUUGGACAUUGGUGGUACACUUUUGAAACUUGUCUAUUUUGAGCCAUAUAGUAGUGCAACAUGCCAAGAACAAGUUGGCUUGCAGGCUUUACGGGAAUUCAUCAUGUCCAAUGUACAGUAUGGAGCAGAUGGAACAAGAGACGAUGUGUUGGAGAUGAAAGAUGUUGUGAUUGGUGGAAGAAAAGGGAAUCUUCAUUUUAUUCGCUUCCCAACUUGUCAGAUAGGAGCAUUUCUAGAGAUUGCAAAAAGUCUAAAUGCAUCUGUGUUGAAUAGUAAGGUGUGUGCUACUGGCGGAGGAGCAUUCAAGUUUGAACAUGAUUUUAAGGAGGUUUUAGGUGUUCAGUUGGUGAAAUAUGAUGAACUGGAAUGCUUAAUACAUGGCAUACACUUCAUUAAUGACCACUUUCAUCAGGAAUGUUACUAUUGGACUUGGGGUGACCAAUAUUCAAUAGCACAAGCAACAAAGGUUCCCUAUGGGUUCGACUCUGAUCCAUUCCCUUACUUAGUGGUCAACAUAGGGUCUGGCGUUAGUAUAAUGGCAGUCUAUUCAGCAGAAAAGUUUGACAGAAUCAGUGGGACAAGUCUUGGUGGGGGAACGUUCUUGGGACUCUGCUGCUUAAUGACGGGCUGUACUACCUUUGAAGAGGCACUUUCUAUGGCAGCCAGAGGUGAUAGCACCAAGGUUGAUAAGCUGGUCAAGGAUAUUUAUGGAGGAGAUUAUAAUAAGUUCAAUUUGCCAGGAGAUACUGUGGCAAGCAGUUUUGGUAAAAUGUGCUAUCCUGAGAGACAGAAUGAAGUAAACAACGAAGACAUUGCAAGCGCCACACUCAUCAUGAUCACAAACAACAUCGGCUCCAUAGCUCGCAUGUGUGCUGUCAAUGCAAAAAUUGAACGGGUAGUGUUUGUGGGUAACUUUUUGCGUACCAAUGAAAUAGCAAUGAAGCUUCUUGCAUAUGCUAUGGACUACUGGUCUCAAGGAACUAUGAAAGCUCUCUUCCUACAACAUGAGGGAUAUUUUGGUGCAGUGGGUGCCUUAUUGGAGUUGAUGACAAGCAUGGAGUGAAGCAAACAACAGUACAUAUUACAUUACUAGAGAUACUGUAGCAUAUGGUGACGGCAGCUAACAGGCAACUCCUUGUUCAUUCUGUAAAUGUUUCAGGGGUCAUUGUAGGGAGAAAAAUACCAUACACAGGGGGGUGCACAGGGUGUGUGUAUACCCACAACCCCCUCUUGGCCAUCAAAACGUAUGAAUUUUUUGUUAAAGGAAAUGUCAUGAAAUGUCAUCCGUUUUCUCGGAUACCUAUGUCUGGGCACCCCCUACUGGUUAUUCAUGGUCUAACAGUCAAACAGCUCUUUUUCCAGGAAAAGUCAUCGUGGAUAUGUGUUCUUUGUUGUCAUGGAUAUUUUUCUUUAUAUUUUUCAGUAAUCUGCACUUCAAUUGCAAAUGUAUUUUAGUAAUCUAAAAUAUAUACUAAAAUUACAGCUGUCAAACUUUUACAUUCCUAACUAUCAUACAAUUAAAAGUUCAUGAUAUCACUAUCUGCAAUACAGUAAUCUUAUGUAUUUGACUACACACUUAUUUAUUUUUUCUUAAAACAGGUCCUUGUAAGAAGACAAUUUCAUAUUCAUUUUCCUAUUGGUAAUUAUAAUUACAUCAUCCUUUCAUGCCCCCAGCUUCAGUUUCAUUGAUUAUCAAAAUACUACAUACUGAAUAAAUCUAAUUCUAAACGUUUUUUUGUUUUUAACCAAGUUGAUUCUGGGCAAAAAUUGUCACGCAAAUCGAAUUUACAGACUUUGAGGAAUCAAAGUAGAAACUCUACAAUCUACCUUUCUAGCUAAUUAUGAAUAAGUAAAAACCUGUUCUUACUUUGUAACAUAGCUUAAUGGAUUAUCAAGCUUUUUAAUACAAUUGUAAAUAGUGUUUAAUAGGCUACAUGAUUUUAACACACUGACUAUUUAUCUGGUGUUUUAUGACUUUGUCUGAAUUGAAAAUAAACUGUGUACAUCUUG